CAAUACAAGUCCCAUUAUAACCAGUAAAACCAUUACAAAUUUUAUGAUGGUGUCUAUUGUUUUUUUCAGCAGAGAUUCUUUUAAUGAAAUAAAACAUGUCUCCAGAAGUCUGACUCUGAUUAAGUGGGUAACCUACUUGACUUGCUAUGAUGACAGGGGCUGUUAAUUAAGUGAAGAACUUAUCAGAAAAGUUAAAUUGAUAUUUAUAUCUUUUGUCCACUUAAAUAUGUGUUGCAUACCUCUCUGGAAUUUAUAAGCUGAGCACAAUAAGGAACUAUUUCAAAUCAUUCUUGUAAGACAAUUAUUGUUUACGGUUAUUUAAACCCCAUGCGCAGCAUAUUCAAGAGUAAUUAACCGUAUUUAAUUAGUAAUAUUUAAACAUAUUCGGUCAACUAACUUCCUUGUAGCUCACCUGCAUGACCCUUCCAGGAGGCGUGACUUUGCCGUCGACGUCAACCUACGUCAUUAUUUAUCUUUAGCGCUCCACCUUCAUCGCUGGGUUUAAACUGGUCUACUUUACACCUUCUAAUCACUGAACACGGGGCAGUGCUAGACAACCGAUCACCAGAGGAUCUGCUUUUUUUCUCUCUCUUUAAGGUGUCCUAUUUCGGCCAGUAAGUACUACACUGCCAUUCGGACUAAAAUUUGAAAAUGAAGAUACCACAAAAAGCCCUACUGAUCUUCUGCUUAGUGGCUGCAACGACUGCACAAAUUUCACCAGGUGUUAACACUACAGACGUACCAAGAAAUUCCUCAACUACCAGCGCAAAUACUCCUACCACCACAGUCACGACAAAAGUUUCACCAGGUGUUAACACUACAGACGUAACAAGAAAUUCCUCAACUACCAGCGCAAAUACUCCUACCACCACAGUCACAACAAAAGUUUCACCAGGUGUUAACACUACAGACGUAACAAGAAAUUCCUCAACUACCAGCGCAAAUACUCCUACCACCACAGUCACGACAAAAGUUUCACCAGGUGUUAACACUACAGACGUACCAAGAAAUUCCUCAACUACCAGCGCAAAUACUCCUACCACCACAGUCACAACAAAAGUUUCACCAGGUGUUAACACUACAGACGUAACAAGAAAUUCCUCAACUACCAGCGCAAAUACUCCUACCACCACAGUCACGACAAAAGUUUCACCAGGUGUUAACACUACAGACGUAACAAGAAAUUCCUCAACUACCAGCGCAAAUACUCCUACCACCACAGUCACGACAAAAGCUACUGAGGAGACAAAUAAUGGUACUUUUACUACAGACACAACAACUAAUUCUACAAACAAUACUCAGGCCAGCACAACUGCUGCCACCACAGCCUCUACAACACAAGGUCCCUGUGCUUUAAGUCCUUGUACUGGAGACAGUACCUGUGAAGAACGGUUUGGGAGCACGUUUGCUUGCAUUUGCCGGCCUGGGCUGGUUUACUUGGAAACGACUGGCUGUAUUCAAAGAAAGGUCUUCCCUGGUACUUUAUCUUUGAAUAGGACUUUUGUAGAAGGUAUGGACAAUAGAGGGUCUAAAUUGUUUCAAGAAACUGCUGGUCCAAUUGAGGAAGCGCUCAGAAACAUCCUGAGGAAUGAUGACGGCUACAUUAAUUCCACCGUUUUGAGUCUACGUGCAGGCAGUAUAAUUGCAGACGUGGAGAAUUUCUAUGAGCUGUCAUCCAGUGCCAAUUCACAAUCGGUUGAGAAUCUGAUUGUGAAUGGACAAAUACCUGAUAACACAGGAUUCAUUUCACGCGAUGCGUGUGCAACUGGAUUCUGUGACCGUACCACUACAACCUGUGAUGAAAAGCAGUCUGGUAUUGCAACGUGCACUUGCAAAGCAGAGUACAUAAAGUCACCAUCCACAUCUCAGGCCUGCCUUGCUUGUCCGAAUGGGGAGAAGGCAACUGACAAUUCAGAAGGAUGUGAAAAGUGUCCUUUUGGCUUUUCUGGAUUUAAUUGCGAUGAUCCAUAUCUUUUGGUUGUGGUUGUGGUGUCCACUGUGUUGGGUGCAUUGCUGAUCAUCUUUAUUGUGGCCCUGAUAGUUGUAAGCUGCAGGAAUCCAAAGGAAAGCUCCUCAUCCCAGGUAGACUUUAGCUCAAGCUAUGGCAAUAAGGAAUUACAUAAACCUGCUGGAGUUCCCAGGAUUCCUCGGGCCAACCCUGAUGCUAGCUGGAAUUCUAACAAUCUGGAGAUGGCCAAUAGUGGGAGUAAUCAGGCACUGGUGACCAGAGAUCGCCCAGAGAGCAAAGCGCGCUACACUGAUUACGAUGAGGACAUGAGCUAUAGGGCUCCAAUUCCCCCAGCAUACUCCGGCUACGGUGGGAGAGGAGUGGAAAAUGGUGGUGCCCACAACCCAUACUUUCGGCAAGAUGAUGACAGAAUGCGCAGAUAUUAACAUCAUUUAACCAGGACAAAUCACUGCAUUUCUUCAUCUUCAUGUGGAUUGAAUUACAUUUUUUACUUCUUUGUUGACCAAAAUUUGAAAUGGAAAACAGUUCUUGAUUUUAUAUACAUCUCUCUUUAACCAUUGGAUCAGAAUUCAGAUUUCCUUCGUAUUUAUAUUCUGUGGUAUUAGCAGCUAAUGAAACUCAAUUUGUGGGCUUCAAUCUUGAUCUAAGCCUUUGCUUUAAAAAUGUUUGGACAAAAUGUCAUCCCUCAACUGUUGAAUGGAAGCUGUGUUGCAGAGGCCUUAGCUUUUACAGUGAUUCCUAUUUUACAUCUUUUUUUUUUUCUUUACCAAUCAUUGAUAUUUGAAUGUUUGUAUUUAUGACAUAUGUUUUAUUUGGUUUUAGUGUUGUUAAUGCUUGGGCUGGAACUCAGGUGUACAAAAUAAAUCAGAACAUAUCAGUGUUUCUUUUGAGAUAUUCAAGCAGUAAUACACAUAAUUUAUUCAGGAAGAGAAAUUAUGAUUAACUGUUCUAACUGUAACUAUGCCAAUUGAUGUAUUUUAUUACAAAUGAUUUUAAGAACUAAUAAAAAAUGGUAUUUUUGUAUUUAAAUAACAUGGAGUUAAUAAAGUAUAUGAUUUUUUAGAUAAUGUUUUCAAACAUAUUUGUAUCUUCUUUUGGUAGUGUAUGACAUUUUAAACAAAUGAGAUAUUCUUAUGAAACAGACACACAAUUUGUAUGCAUUCUGAAUUCAUCUAAAUGCUUUGUUUUUCAAAUGCCAUGUAUUCUGACAUUAUACCUUUGUGGAAAGCUUAGGACAAGCAAAAAAUAAGAAAUACUAGGGACAUUAAAAGCUUAAACAACUUUUGUUAGGCUAUGCCUUUUAUAAUUUUCCUUCCUGUUAUUUUAUUCUUUAUUUUUUUGCCAUUUGAUUCUUAAAUUAAUUUCAUUAAUGUCAAUAAACACUUGUAAAUUCACUA